AUGCCUUUGAUCGGAGAGGUUUUUUGGAAUCAACACAUAGCUCCUGCCACGGCCGCCAUUUGGUCCACCACAUGUGUAGCAACAAUCUGUUCUGCUACAAUAGGCCCUGUAACAGGACUUCUUCCUGCUGAAGUAAGAAUUAAUGCACUUACUUGCCAUGAAAUGAGAUUUCCUUUUGUUGUAGAUGCUAAGGUGGACGAGAGUGUUGAUUUGCGAACCAAUGUGGAGUUGGUGAGAUCAGUCUCUGAUAAGCAUCAUGAUCUUAAAAGGCCAUCUACUCGGAACUAUUCAAGAGGACAAGCAACAGAUGCAGGUGGCCAUCGAAAGGGAAAGUAUGCCUUGAUUAGAGAUCCAGAGAGCUUCCCAACUGGAAUUUAUGAUAAGCCCCUUCCAUUUUUUGGAUGUGGAAUUGGAUGGUUCUCAUUUCUUUUUGGAUUUUUAUGCCCUCCUAUGUGGUUCUAUGCUACAUUCCUCUAUUUUGGAAAUCAUUAUAAAAAGGAUCCUAGGGAACGAGCAGGGCUGGGAGCCUCGGCAAUUGCUGCAUUAGUGUGCUCUGUGGUGUUGCUGAUAGUUGUUGGAGGAAUUCUUGUGUUUAAAUUGCGGAUCCUCUAUUUGUAA